AUGCGCGGGGCCAGGUCGAUUGCGUCCUUGACUCCGGGGUUUACUGCAAGACAGGUCGCUCAGCCGAAGCGAAGCAUCCUAGGGGAUUUGUGUUCUGGGUCUCAUAGGCCUGUCACUCCUUUUGCUGUUCAGAAUGGCCUAAUCAGAUUGUACUCGGGAGCUUCCGGGCCAGCCCGCAACGGCCACAACUCUCUACGUCUGUCUUUUGGAUUCGCACCGUCGAUUUACAACAAUGGUAUAAAACACGCUGGUCCUUCCUCUCGUAUCGCUGAUCAGGUACGACUCCUGUCCUCGACACGGCACUCGUUACAAGCGAAACCGACAACCCCGACGAAACCGGAAACAGACAGCACUUCUACACAUGACAAGGAUAAUGAGGAUGUUGAAAAGGGGUUUGAAUUGUCAGAGAAGGCAGCCCAGGCGGCCCAAGUCAAUUUGAGCGCGAAGCUGGCUAAGGAUGGUGCUGGUGGAAAGAAGUCCGGUUUCCGCGAGAUCUGGAGGCUUCUGAUGAUCGCACGCCCUGAGGGCAGGAAGCUCAUUUUUGCCUUCAUGUUCCUCCUGGUUUCUUCGUCGAUCACCAUGUCUAUUCCGUUCUCCAUCGGGAAAAUUAUGGAUACAGCGACGAAGUCCAAGGAAGAGGGAGGCAAUGAGCUGUUUGGUUUGAGCCUUCCGAUGUUCUAUGGCGCGCUAGCUUGUAUUCUUGCUUGCGGUGCUGCUGCAAACUACGGCCGUAUCAUUAUCCUGCGUAUUGUCGGUGAGCGCAUCGUUGCCAGACUCCGCUCGAAGCUCUUCCGUCAGACCUUUGUGCAAGAUGCAGAGUUCUUUGAUGCGAAUCGCGUUGGUGACUUGAUCUCCCGUCUGAGCUCUGACACUAUCAUUGUUGGAAAGAGUAUCACGCAAAAUCUGUCGGAUGGAUUGCGGGCUGCUGUCAGCGGUGCUGCUGGGUUUGGAUUGAUGGCAUACACUAGUCUCAAGCUUUCCAGCAUUUUGGCUCUGCUGCUUCCCCCAAUUGGACUUGGCGCUUUCUUCUACGGUCGAGCGAUCAGGAACCUCAGUCGUCAGAUCCAGAAGAACUUGGGUAGUCUGACCAAGAUCGCAGAAGAACGCCUAGGAAAUGUCAAGACCAGCCAGUCUUUCGCUGGAGAGAUUCUCGAGGUUAAUCGUUACAACAAACAAGUUCGAAAGAUCUUUGAGCUUGGAAAGAAGGAAUCCUUGAUUAGCGCCACAUUCUUUAGUUCUACUGGACUCAUGGGAAAUAUGACAAUAUUGGCACUACUCUACGUGGGAGGGGGCAUGGUCCAAUCUGGCGGUAUCAGCAUUGGCGAACUGACCUCCUUCCUGAUGUACACGGCCUAUGCUGGCUCUAGCAUGUUUGGUCUGUCCAGCUUCUAUUCAGAACUGAUGAAGGGUGUUGGUGCAGCUAGUCGACUUUUCGAACUGCAAGACCGUCAACCGACAAUACCACCGACCAAGGGCAGAAACGUCGAAUCUGCACGUGGACCUAUCCGCUUCGAGAACGUCACGUUCAGCUACCCGACAAGACCGGCUGUCAAUAUCUUCAAGGGUCUUCAUUUCGAGAUCCCCCAGGGAACCAAUGUUGCUAUCGUUGGACCUUCGGGAGGAGGAAAGUCGACAAUCGCUUCCAUUCUUCUUCGUUUCUACACUCCUACUGAGGGUAAGGUCCUCAUUAAUGGAAAGGACAUCUGCGAAAUGAACGCCAAAUCCCUCCGCAGGAAGAUUGGUGUCGUGUCGCAGGAGCCUGUUCUCUUCUCAGGCUCGAUUGCCGAGAACAUCUCCUACGGGAGACCGCAUGCGACACGAUCGGAGAUUGUUGCGGCAGCUCGGAAGGCGAACUGCCAAUUCAUCAGUGAUUUCCCCGACGGCCUUGACACUCAAGUCGGCGCAAGAGGCGCCCAACUUUCCGGUGGCCAGAAGCAGCGUAUUGCCAUCGCCCGUGCAUUGAUUAAGGAUCCGGAUAUUCUGAUCCUCGAUGAAGCCACAUCAGCUCUUGACGCGGAGUCAGAGACUCUUGUGAACAGCGCACUCGCAGCUCUUCUCCGCGGCAACAACACGACGAUCAGCAUCGCCCACCGACUUUCCACCAUCAAACGCUCAGAUACAAUCAUCGUCCUGAGCCCCGACGGCACUGUGGCCGAACAGGGCAGCUACGAGGAGCUCAGCUCUCAUCCUGGCGGGGCUUUCACAAAACUGAUGGAGUGGCAAAUGAGCGGUGGCGAUGCGUCGCAACCUCCUAAGACAGCUUCCGUCAGCCCUGAGACGGAAGAGAAGCUCUCGGAACUUGACCGUGAAGAGUCUGAGAAACAGCACACGGAAUAA